AUGCCAAAUAUAUCCUAUAAAUGCGGCUUCCAAAGCGCACGCCGUGGCGACGAGCAGCAGCUCGCAGACUAUCGAGGCGACCCCCGAGGCUCUUCUAUAUUAGCUAAGCUCGGAAUUAUCGGCCUUAACCAAAUAGACUUUCUUAAGACCUUCCGGGAAUUAACCUCCGGCACCCCUCCUACACCAUCGGUCGUAAUAGGCGGUCGGCAUAUACUUCAGAAUAGCAUCACCGUGUCCGCAUCUAUGGCGUCGAAGGAUACCAUACCGGCAAGAGAGACGGGUGCACUAUGCCGGCUAGAGCCGGCAACGAUGCCCUCGGCGGUGAACUCCAUGCUUAUGGAUGCAGGAGGGCUAGAUGCUAAUGAUAACGGCUUCUUCGAUCUGGAUGAACCUCAGCCCCAGCCGGUGCCCAAAGCUUCCAGCAACCUAGUACCAGAUAGUCAGAUGAGGCCUCAGGCGAUAUAUCACCUCCCCGACGAUAUUAAAUUCGGCGAAUUUAACGACGACGAGGAGAUACUUGCUUUUGCAUAA